AUGAAGUUUGUACCCUGUGUGAUCGUCACCUGGGGGGCCCUCUUCGCACAGGGUGCAGAUAUCCACGCGGCUGUUCGGGCGAAUGACCCAGCUGCAAUUCAAGCAGCUCUGGAUGAGGGUGAGGACAUCAACAAGAUCGGCCAGGGAGGGCAAACCCCCUUAAUGCACGGAGUGCUCACUGGAAACCCUGAGUCUGUGAAGUUCCUCCUGGACGCCAAAGCGGAUGCUUCGAUCCCGGAGAAGGAUGGCUACACUCCGAUGCACGGCGCUGGUUUCCAAGGCCGCUCGCAGAUCGCGCGGUUGUUGGUCGCACAUGGCUUAGACCCCCGUGACCGGCACACGGAUGGCUACACGCCGAUCCAUCGAGCGUGUUGGGGCAACGAGCAGCGCCAUGCAGAUACGGUGCGAGCCUUUCUUAAAGCAGGCGUUCCCUUUGACGAACUGUCAGACAGUGGGCAGAGCUGCAUGGACAUGACUGGAAAUGAAGCGACCAUGAAGUUGCUCAAGAAGCGAGCGGAGAAGGCAAAGAAGAAUCCUUCUGAUUCUGAAGCUUGCAGGAGGUGUCUUUUUUUUUUGUUAAUUUUGUCGUGGUGCUUUGGUGGUGCAUAUUCUUUUUUGUCCUUUGUUCCGUUCACUUUGGCUGGUGGCUGGCUGUGGCUGGUUGCACUUUGGGCUGGUUACAGCUGGUUACUGCUGGUGGGCUGGGUUUUUGUUGGGUUCUUUUUGAGCAUGUUGUGGUGA